AGGGAACUUAACAGAAUUAUCCUUAUUCUUCAUAUAUUUUUUUGUUAAUUAUAUAAUUUUUUGACUAUAAAUACCAAAAUAGCAUAUCAUAAUUCGAGAAGAAAAAAAAAAUUACAAGUCUAAUGGAGACGAUGGAGCAACAAAGACAUUCACUCUCUUCUUUGCCUAUGCUCUCUAGGCUUGAGCAUUUAGAUUUCAUAAAGAAUCUAGAAAGACAACAAAACCUUUCUAAAUGGAAAGACGAAAACACAUCUACCACACGCGGAUUAAUCGAUAGAGGCACUGCGGUUAGAGAAGCAUAUUUCAAAGGAUCCUUAUUAGAUCGAAUCGCAGCUUUGGAGACCAGACUUUUUCAGAUAUGUUUGGAGUUGGAAUCGGGCAGUGCGUCUUCCACUUCAACUGGAGGGUCCGGUGAAACAUCAAACCAAAGGAUUAAGAGAGAUUUGACAAAGACAUUACCCAUUUUCACUAGCAACGUUAAUCCUUUUCAUAUCCCCUUACAACCUCCGCAUGAUACUCAUGAAGCAGAAGAGAAGAUUGAAGAAGAGGAAGAGGAAGAGGAAGAGGCAGAGAUAAAUACUGAGAAACCAUUACUGGAGAAGAAGAAUAAGAAGAAGGUUGCUAAUGAAACUUGCAAACCAAACAAAAAGACAAAAUCUCCCAAGAAAUGGUGUCGAUUUAACUUAUUGGGUUGCUAAGUUGAUUUCUUUUGUUGCUUGGACUAUGCAGUAUUUCAUAUUUCGUUUAAAUCUAAGUUUUCCUUCUUAACAAAUCUGUGCUACUUUAUCCAUCAAACUUAGGACUAAUCAGCUUUUGCUUAACAUAUUUAGCAAACAUGAUUAUCUAAUAUUGCACCUUCCCUAAUGCAGUUUUUCUAACGACUAAUUUAGCAUUAGGAAUUACAAAUCUAUGCUAGUUUAUAUAGAUUUGUAAUUCCUAGUGCUAAAUUAGUCGUUAGAAAAUGUACUAUAUCAAUAAACUGAUUUAUAUAAACUGAUUCGUGAAGGUAUAUAUAUGCUUAUUUAUCAAAACUCCAGCAAUAUGUACUAUACCUUUUAGGAUGUACUAUAAACAACUACACCAAAAUAUAAAAAAUGUGGCUGUAUAUAUAUGUAUAACUCUAUGUUGCACCACUUUUAAAAAUAUUCUUAUGCGUAUAUUCAUUAGAACUUGGUCAGUGGAUUCUUUAAAUAUAAAGUGUACUAGAUUUUGAUUCACACUUUCAAAACGGAAUAUUAUUUUUAUUUACAAUUUUUUUAAUAAAAAUAAUAUUUGUAUUCAUAAUUUAUGUAUUUAAGCUUUGUAUAAUUUUAUUUAAAUUUGGGUACAUUAUUUAUUUUAAUUAAGCUUUUAAAGUCAAGGCGAAAGGCUUUGAAUUUGAAAGUUAAAAUAAACUCAUUCACCGAUAGGUGAUAUUACAAAGUU